GGAAACGGCACAUUUCAGCUCUGCUGAGACAUCACACAGGGUGCAGGGAUGCAGAAAACUAUCCCUGGCUGCUUCUUCCAGCAAAUGUAUUCUUCCCUAACUGGCAUUUCAAUGGAGAGAGACCACAUGAAAGAUCUCAGAAGAUACCUGGCACUGAAGUAUAUCCAAUACCUCGUCCUGUCUUCCUCCAACGCCGUCAGCACCUUCCUGGGGCUGCUGGGCAGCGCCUACACCUUGAUCCUCCUGCAGUCUGCCAAGGUCUCCUCCAAGUCCACCGCAGUCCUCAUUUCCAGCCUGGCCCAGGCAGACAUCCUGGUUUUCCUUAGCCUUGUUUCUGACGUGGUCCUGGGGAGUUUUGGCGCCGCUGUCUCUCCCGCAGCCUCGGCCGCGGCGCGGCUCCUCCUCACGGCCAACGCCCACGUGAGCUGCGUCCUGCUGAGCUGCGUGGCCUUCGAGGCCUACGUGAUCACCUUCCUGCCCUCGGAGUCACGGCCCCUGCGGACAGUCAGGAACGCCAGGCUGGUAUCCAGGGUGAUCUGGGCGCUGGUGGCCGCAGAGUGCGCCCUGUUCCUCGUGGAUGACCACCUGAGGGCCAGCGGUGCCUCCGCUCCCUCCCGCGGCCCUUUGGGGCUCCUGUUCCAGCUCUCCAGCGCGGCCGCGGCCCUGCUCAGGUCCCUCAGCUACAUCCUGGGAAUUCUGCUGAGGAUUAUCAACGUGUACAUCUACUACAAGAUAUUUUUCAGCAUGUCUCCCAGGUCUAGACUCAAAUCCAAGUAGGAUGUUCCUUCUGGGAAUGCUGGAGCAACACAAGACCCUUCAACGCAAUUCCAAACCAGUUUGGAAACUGUUCAAUAACCAGGACCAAGCCUCACCAGGGAGUUUAAACCUUCCUGAUUCCUGGUACUGUUCAGCUGUUAUUGAGAAGAGUUUGGGGCUGAGGUGCCCCUUGGCAUUGAGACACCACAGCUAGUGUGUGUUUAUGUAGACUUAAUUCACUGUAGAGGUGAAACAAAAGACAUUUCAUGGUUGUAAAUCAACCCCACUAUUUUUUAUAUAAAAAGAGUGCUUAAAUGCUUCCUCAGGGAUCUGUUGAGCCAAGAGUUGUGUAGUUGUUUACUGAAGACAGGAUCUAUGUCCUAAAAUAUUCCUAACUCAGGUGGAAUGGAGAGGUUUUGCAGGUUUUGCAGGUGGGAUGGAGAGACAAGGCGAGCACCAAGAUGUCCAAGGUAGGCUCAGGGCAUCAGCCCCACCUGGAGAGUUCCUGGGACAGAGCUGGGCUGAGAUGCCAGACCUUGGAACAUUCCUGGAGCUGUUCUCAGGAGGUUGUCACAGCAAAGCAGGAAACAGCUUCUCUCACAUCCUUCUUCAGAAAUGACAGGGUGGAAAGCUGGAAUGCAGCUGUUUGCUUCAGCCCUAGGAGAGAGAGUUUGAGAACCCCCCUGUGUGGAGGGCUCCAUGUACUGCAUCCAGAGGCAUCCCCAGUGAUGUGGGUUUAGAGGCAGGAAGGGAUUUGCUGGCAUGAGCAGAGCUGUCCCACCUCCCCUGGCAGUGGUGUGGAAGAUCACGGCCACCAGUGUCCUUCUGACCACACUGGGGCUUGGGUGGAUGUGUGAGAGCUGUUCCCAGCUGGUGAUUCCUGGGAUUUCCUCAACUCUCUGGGAUUUUAUCAGCAAAGCACAAAGUAUUCCAGAUACCUCUGACACUGCCCAAUGCACACAUGGCCACGGGCACUUCCAAAUCCUCCUGAAAUCCCAUGGGACCUCCAGGUACAGGCUGUGGUGAGGAGAGA